GAACAAGAAGAAGAACAAGAAGAUGGAUCGCGCUCCCUCCAUCGCAGCCAUCGCCAUCAUGGGCCGCCACAACAACCCCCUUCAUAUCGCCCUCUUCCCAGCGACAGGCUCUACAGAAUCCCAAUAUGCUGCUGAAAGAGACCAGCUCGAGUACCAUAUGAUGCUCAACUCGUGUCUCGACAUCUUCGAAGCCCGCAUUCCUACCAAGGCGAUUGGCCAUGAUUUCGGUCUGCUGCACGCUCUGGAUGAGCGCAUCGCCAUGUAUGGCUGGCUGCUCAACACUGGCGUCAAGUUGGUCAUCGUGGUGGACAUGGAGGGGAGACAGGCGCGGAAUGCGGAGGAGGCCAAGCUGGGAAUGCUGGGCCUGAGAGGAAGUGAUUUGACGCCGGCAUUUCAAGCUCUCCAACAGGCGUACGUCAGUCUCCUGAGGAAUCCCUUCUAUGUGCCCGAUGAACAUGAUCCAAAGACUGCCCAAGAAAAAGGCAAUAUGCAGAUCAACAGUCCCAAGUUUCUCAAGGAGGUGGACCGGAUUGGGAACGUCUGGAGUCCGGGAAUCACUGCCAUCUGAUCAGUUCACAUUCCUGACUCGACAAUUCAAGCGGCCACUUCAGAAUGCCUAAUCCUGCUGCACUACAGAACGGGGUAUUGCUUUCGUCUCCGGAGGUACAUGCAGACGGUGUCCCAACAUGCUCCAGCUGGUAAGAAAGGAUGAGAUAUUCGGAAAUCCUGUAUGAUUUUUCGAUUCAUCAACAAGUCAGAUCCAGAACUCGGGCCAGAUCCUCUUUGCGCACUGCCAGAUUAUUCUGCAUCUGCGCUUCAGACCGGAAGAAGAUGAAGAUGAAGAUGAAGAUGGAGAAGAGGAAGAAGAAGAGGAAGAGGAAGAGGAAGAAAAAGAAGAAGACAUACAUGUGGUAGAGUGCCUAUCAGAUGUCUGUUGCUGGUCUCGAGCCACGAUUCCAUUUCGUAUAUACACAUCUGCUGCCCGAGGAUGCCGCCUCUUGCCAUUGCGAAUAUGUGAUAUGAUCUCCAUAAGAGUCCGCAUGCCCGCCGUCGUGGCCUGGCACCAUGUGAAUGCUUCGUUCAAGGGUGAGAAGCUGGAUGGAAUGCGAGCAAGUUGCAAGCAGGUAGGUCAGAAGUUCUCUCGACAGACAUACUGUUCACAUAAAAU